AUGCACACCCAGCGCCCCAGAUGGGGCGGGGUGGGGGGGGCGCCCUGGUUCCUCUCUGGCCCAGCCCAGCCCCUGCCCCUCUGGCCUGGACUCUGGGGCCCCAGGCCUCCUGGGAAGAGCUGCACCAGGGGGUAUUGGGGGCCAGGCUUCUCAGGGGCUGCAGUAACUGAGAUUUAUGUGUUUGUGUUGAACCACGAUGAGGGGGUUAAGGAGAGGCAGCCACUCCCUGAAAUGGAGAAAUGGAGUGUUGGGAGCCCAGGUCUGAGCCCAGGGCUUCAACCUCCUGCCCAGCCUCUCACCGCCUGGCCAGCGGCCAGCCCUCAGGCCCUGCGGCUCCAGCGCCUCUGUGAACAUGGCUCCGGCUGGACACGGUGUUCUCCCACGGGACACGGGGUAAACAACCUCUGGGCCCCAUGGGAACCGGGCGCCCUGCCAAACCCUCAUUCACCCAUCCAUCACCCAUCCAUUCAUCCCCCCAUUCAUCCAUCCAUCCAGAAGUGCUUGCUGAGCGCCUUGUCAUGCUGGGCACCCCACCCCCUUCACUUGGGACACCCCAGUCCCCACCCCCACCCUCUGCAAUGGUCCAGCGCCCAGAUAGGCUUUGUUUGGCCUUGCUGUGAUUUUCAAACCUUUGAUUUCCUAGAAAAACCGAGAUUUCUGCUUUUUUGGAAAAAUGGGUAA